AGCGCCUCGCCUGCAGCCCCUCCCUGCCGCCUGCGCCGCGCUCCCGCCCCUCGGGCCGAGGCUGUCACCGCGCCUGCCGCCGGGCGCCGCCAGCAUGUUUGACAGGACGCGGCUGCCCUUCGUGGCGCUGGACGUGCUCUGCGUGCUGCUGGCUGGCUUACCCCUUGGUGUUCUAAACUUGGCCAAAAUAAAACCGUAUCAGAGAGGCUUUUUCUGUAAUGAUGACAGCAUCAAGUAUCCGUUCCAUGACAGUACCAUCACAUCCACUGUCCUCUACACAGUGGGGUUCACCCUGCCCAUUUUCUCUAUAAUCGUAGGAGAGGCUCUCUCGGUCUUUUAUAAUAAUUUGCACUCAAAUUCGUUUGUCAGAAAUAACUACAUAGCCACUAUUUACAAAGGCAUUGGGACCUUCAUUUUCGGGGCAGCGGCUAGCCAGUCGUUGACAGACAUUGCCAAGUACUCCAUAGGUCGGCUGCGCCCUCACUUCAUUGCUGUGUGCCAGCCCGACUGGGCACGGAUCAACUGCAGCCUGGGCUACAUCGAGAACUUCACUUGCCAUGGGGACAAAGCAAAAAUCAAUGAGGGAAGACUAUCAUUCUAUUCUGGCCAUUCUUCAUUCUCCAUGUACUGUAUGCUCUUCGUAGCACUUUAUCUUCAGGCAAGAAUGAAAGGAGACUGGGCAAGACUUGUACGUCCUACUUUACAGUUUGGUCUUAUUGCUGCAUCUAUCUAUGUGGGUCUGUCACGUGUUUCUGACUACAAGCAUCACUGGAGUGAUGUUUUAACAGGACUUAUCCAGGGUGCAGUGGUAGCUGUGCUCAUUGUUGUCUAUGUGUCAGACUUCUUCAAAGUGAGAGGAUGUACAUUUCAACCAAAAGAAGAUUCCCAUACAACCCUACAUGAGACUCCAACAAAUGGAAAUCACUUUGGCAGCAAUCAUCAACCAUGAAGAAUGACCCAUAUCAACUAUAUUGCUCUGAAUGAAAACAAUUUCACAAGUCUAACUCUGUAAUAUAAGUAAUUGCCUUUAAGGGACUGCUGCUGCUCUUGGAUGCUCACUUUGCCUGUAUAUAGUAACAUCUACCACAGUUAUUGUACAUCUAAACUUUAAAUUUCUGUUGGUUCAAGCUCUUGCUUAAAAGAAAGCUAUUAUAAUUGUAAAUUUUUAUUGAAAACUGUAACAAGUUAUAUUACAUACACUGCUGUUUGUACAUGCCUUGUUGAAUCAACUGUGGUUUAAAACACCAUUAAAAGGAAUUACUUGAUAUGGAA